AUGAACAAAGCAUUGUUUUUUAAUUUACUUAUACAUAUUUUGCCGCCGCGUGGUUUAAUAAUUGCUAUGUCUCGUCAGGGUGUCAGGGCUUCAGAUGCUAAGAAAAUAAAUACUGAAUUGUUUACUUUUACUUAUGGGGCUCUAGUAGCUCAAUUGGUCAAAGAUUUUGACACAGAUGAAGUCGUUAAUGAGCAGCUUGAGAAAAUAGGUUUUAAUAUUGGCUCUAGGUUGGUUGAAGACUAUCUUGCCAAGGGUAAUUCUGGAAGAUGUACAAAUUUUCGCGAUACGGCAAAUGGACUCGUUAAGGGGUUUAAAAUGUUUCUUGGAAUCACUCCUACCAUUAGCAAAUUUAGUCAAGCUGGCGAUGAAUUCUCGCUUGUUAUCGAUUCGAAUAAUCCCCUCACAGAAUUUGUCGAUCUUCCUCGAGACCACCCAAGUCUACUUUAUUCAAAUGUUCUUGUCGGUGCUAUAAAAGGAGCUCUUCAUAAUGUUCAGCUAGAUGUUGAUGCGCGUUUUGUUCAGGAUAUUCUGCGAGGAGACCAAACGAAUGAGAUUCGUGUUAAGUUUAUACGUCGAAUUGAAGAAGUUAUAACUGGAGAGGACUAG